CCGCCUCUCCACCGCGCGCGCGUCAUCGUGGGGCUCACGGCGACGCGGCGAGUUGUAAGCAAAUGAGGACGUGUGUGGAGACCUGACAGGGGGGAGGAGGAGGAGGAGUGAGGAGGAGACCGGGAGCCUCACAUGUGCGUGAGAGAGGAGCCCAGCGGAAGGGCGUGUGUGUGUGUAGCCGGUGUCUCGCGGACGCAGAAAGUGGAGGAGGAGGCAGAGAGGUGGAGCUGACGGAGCUGACGGAGUAUAGUGGGUGAUGCUUUUUUCCUCUUCUCACCCAGACUGGAAUGGUAUCGAUCGGUCACGUGCGCACGCAUCUCCAUUCCGGUCGCAGACAGCGGGGCGCGAGACGCUGCGAACGGUUCUCGCGUCUCGUCAACGAGGGGGGAUUCGAUAAAACAACCUCCUUUCUCCGGGUUAUUUAUGGCUUCUCGCUCCGUGGAUGUCCUCUAAACCCGGGACCCCCCCCCCCCCUCCCGGGUACCCUUCACCGCCGUCUACCUGCGCGUGAUCUCUCUCUUAUCUGGAUUCUCAUCUGUUGCUGUGGCUCCGGCGGGACUCGACCCUCUCCCGGGAUGUAGAGCACCGAUCCAUCACCCAGCACCUCCCGCUCAUCACCUGAAGGGACAAUGGACCAGAGGCUGCUGCUGCUCUUAUUACUGCUCUUAUCUCUACACGUACGGCUGGGAUUCCGUUCAUCAUGAUUCCGGUCCUCCUCCGGUGAAUAGCGCUCUGUAGAUCCGCUCUCUAGAUCUCUAGAUCUAUAGAUCUGUGUAGAUCUCUAGAUCUACACACUACACGCUCCGUUCAUUUCCCGGAUUUCUACGUUAAGACCAAACCAACGAACGCAGCUCAGAAGGUCUCGUGGAUAUUUAUUUUCCGGUUACCGGCUCUGAGCCGAAGACAGAACCAUGAUGGAGGACGGUGAACUAGACGCGCAUCAGGUUGAUAUCGACUCGGAUUUCGAGACGCAAAGUCGGCCUCGCUCGUGCACCUGGCCCGCCGCUCCGUGCCAGGAGGGCUUUCCUCCUCCCGGUGGGCGCGAGGUCACCGGCGGCGGCGGCGGCGGGGGUCUGCCGCCGCUGCUCAGCAUCAAGCUGGAGCCCGAGGACGUCCCCGCGUGCCGAGGAGCGGGGCUCGCUUGCGGGACGCCGGGAGGAGACCUACAGCAUCCGGUCUGCUCCUCCCCGGUGCCUCCCCCCGGUUCCGAGGUGCACCCGUGCCUGGCGGGCGCCGCGUGCGACGCGUCCGGCCAGCUGCGUAAAGCCAAGUCGUCCCGGCGGAACGCGUGGGGGAACCAGUCGUACGCGGACCUCAUCACGCGCGCCAUCGAGAGCACCGCGGAGAAGCGGCUGACGCUUUCGCAGAUCUACGACUGGAUGGUGCGCUACGUGCCCUACUUCAAGGAUAAGGGGGACAGCAACAGCUCCGCCGGAUGGAAGGUAAGACGGCGUGGUAACGGGAAGGUUGCCCGUUCGAUCCCCGGAGUGUCGAGGUCCGGCGCUAAUCACAGCCGCCCGAGUGACCCUCUAAGCCCGUCUGUGGCCCCACACCGGCCUCAGCUGGCCCCGUGCCGGCCCUGGCUGGCCUCACGCCGCCCUCUAGCGUGUCUGCAGGUAGACUUACCUCCGUUCUCCUCGCGGGACGCUAGCUCCCAGCGCUAG